AUGUAUAAUCACAUGUGUGGAGCUGAGAAAAGAAGAACUGAGGACUACAAUCACCUCUCUCUGGCUCUUGUAGAAAAUGGAUCAGUUAAAGAUUGCCUUGAGUUCUUUUUUAGGGAUGAGGAGGAAAUUGAAUGCAGAUGUGUGGUCUGUAACUGCACCUCUGCCAGCUGCAGGUGGACAUUUUACUCGCUGCCCAGGUAUCUGGUCUUGCAGCUAAAGAGAUUUAAGCUUUCGGCAAAACUUAAACUGAGGAAACAGCUCAACAGUGUCAAGAUCGACCGAAAAUUACAAUUGAGACUGCCUGGGCAGAGUGAUCUUACCCAAGAAGAUAUAAUAAAUAAAACCAUGGAUACGGAUUUGACCUCAACAGAAUACAGGAAAGCUGAGGAGAGAACAGACAGGCAUGAAGUGGAUCAGUGUGCCAGCUAUUCAUUGAUCAGUGUGCUGAAUCAUUAUGGAUCUACCAUACACUCAGGACAUUACACAUGUGACUGCUUCAACCAGACCGACCAUCUCUGGCUGUCAUACGAUGAUGAUGAAGUCUCACUGACAACAGAGGAGUACAUUCUUAACAAAAGGCAGAAAAGUGCUUAUGUUUUAAUCUAUGAACUGCUGUGAGCACUUUAAUGUUUUACAGAUUCAGCAGCUUUCCUGUAUUGAAGACCAGAACGAGGAGAUGUGCAGUCAGGCCAGCUGGAGCUACUAAAACCUGCCCUAAGUGUGACUGUGUGUGUCUGCCCUGUGAUGAACUGGCGACCUGUUCGGGGUGUUUCCUGCCUCUCACCCAGUCAAUCAGACCAACUGUGACCCUGACCAGGAUAAAGUUCAAUAAAUAACUUUAAUAAAUUAGCUUG